AUGGCGGUGGUCUUCUCGUUGAGAGCACCCUCAAUCUGCUCUAAUCCGAGGCUCUCCCUCUGCCAAAAUUUAUACUUGAACUCGAACCUACUAAAAAUGGCUAAAAUCGGAGGCGUUUCAUCAACUGCCACUCCCAACACUGACAGAAAACUACCCAUACUUCUAUUCGAUAUGAUGGACACUGUUGUUCGUGAUCCAUUUUACCACGACGUCCCAGCCUUCUUCGGAAUGACUCUGAAGGAACUAAUGGAAUGCAAGCACCCAACUGCGUGGAUGGAGUUUGAAAAGGGAAUAAUUGAUGAGACGGAGCUGGCAAGCAAAUUUUUUAAAGAUGGAAGACCUUUUGAUUUGGAAGGCCUCAAAUCUUGUAUGAGAAGUGGAUAUUCCUAUAUCGAAGGCACUGAAGAAUUGCUUCUUGCCUUGAAGCAAAAUAACUAUGAGAUGCAUGCAUUUACAAACUAUCCCAUAUGGUACCAGUUGAUUGAGGACAAGCUGAAACUAUCCAAAUAUUUAUCUUGGACAUUUUGUUCGUGUACAACUGGAAAGAGAAAGCCCGAUCCAGAAUUCUUUAUGGAAGUUUUGGGACAUCUUGGAGUUGAUCCGUCAAAUUGUAUUUUUGUGGAUGACAGGAUAAAAAAUGUCGAGGCAGCCAUUGAAUUUGGCAUCAGGGGUAUACAUUUUAAGAAUAGUAAUGCGCUGCGUGAAGAACUGUGCCUGAUGGGGAUUGACAUUACAGCAAAUGGGGAUCAUCAUAAGCUGAUCUGACACGAAAACUCAUUUUCUUAAAUUGAGCUCUUCCGGGGAUACUUUUCAUGGUGACGCUCGGGCCAUAUUUGGGUUGGAAUAAGUCAUUUUUUUAGUUUGCAAAAAAAUACAUGCAAAACAAGAAAAGGGGAUGGCUGGUACCCAAGUUUUUUUUUUUUGGGCCUUGUACUCAAGUUAUUAAAACUUAAAUUAAAAAGACGUUUGGCUAACUCUAAAAGUAUUGUUCAGAAGCACUUUUUAAUAAAUCGA